AAUUAUGCAUAAGAAUUAAAAAAAGUAAAAUAAGUAAUUCGAAAGUGAUCCAAUAAGACAGGCGGUUCAGAAAGCCGUGCAUAGAACUUAACAAACGGUUGUCGCGGAUUGGCGGCUAGAAUCCACCGAAGGGGGCCUUAAAACGACCAAGGGUGGGUGGCCUUGAACAACUAUGGGUGGCCUUAAAGGACCUUUAAGAACGCCAGGACCUUUACAUCUUUGGAAGUCCCCAACAUCGUCUCAGCUCUUCCCCUUUGAAGAUACACUCGAAUCCUCCCGAUCACGCUGAACUACGACCCAACAUGCCUCACGAAAACAUCGAAUUCCAAACGGCCGACCAUGUCACUUUGCGAGGAUGGUUCUUCCGUUCUUCAACAAAGCCAUCAGAAACAAGGCUGCCAUGUCUUGUGAUGUCUCACGGGUUCUCCGCCCUGAAAGAAAUGGACCUUGACACGUUUGCGGAAUAUUUCACCCAGAACCUGCCCAUCUGCUGUCUAGUAUAUGACAAUCGAGGAUUCGGCGACAGUGACACCAAGGCAGGCCAGCCUCGCCAUGAGAUCCUCCCGAGUCAACAGACAAGCGAUAUUUCCGACGCCAUCACGUACGCGCAGUCUCGCGCCGACGUUGAUCCCGACCGCAUCGGCAUCUGGGGCAGUUCUUACAGCGGGGGCCAUGUGCUGUGGGUUGGGGCAGUUGACCGGCGCGUGAAGGCGGUGCUCUCGCAUGCUCCGUUCGCAGAUGGAUGGACGAAUAUGAAUCGGCUCAUUCGGCCCGAUAUGGUGGAGGCAGUGAACAAGGGGUUUCAAGAAGACAGACUAGCCCGCGCCGCAGGCAAACCCCCUGUGAUGAUGAAAGUGGUGGAUAAAGACCCCCUGAAACCAUCUGCCCUCCCCACUCCAGAUAGCUAUCAGUUCUUUAGUGCGUGGGAAGCCAAGUCUAACUGGAAAAAUGAGGUCACGCUGAAAAGUCUCGAGGCGGCUCGCGAGUAUUAUCCUUCAGCGCAUAUUCAUCGCAUCUCGCCAACCCCGCUGUUGAUGACUGUGGCAGAGAAUGAUGUCAUCACUCCCACUGACAUUGCUCUGGAGGCGUAUUCUCGGGCUCGGGAGCCAAAGAAAUUGCAUAUCUUCCCCGGUGGCCAUUUUGAUGGUUAUUCCGGUAAAGGCUUCGAACGCAUUGCAUCAGCUCAAGCGGAAUUUCUGAAGGAGUAUCUGGUUUGACACCUUGUUAUUGUGAAUUCGUGAGUGAGAUUAAUGGGAAAUAGUGCAAUGCUUCUCUUCUGGAUGAGUCCUGAGGCCCUUCUAGCAAAACAAAGCAGAAGGGCUGGAUAGCAGAGACAACAAAGAGACUACUAUUCUGCACAGGUCAUUGUAGAGAACGUAAGAUAGAUACAGUAGCGCCUAAGUCGAAAUUGGCUUUUGUUUACAAUGAAGUGGUUCUGGACCGCCCAUAGUCCAUACAACCAUAAUAAAAUAGCUAUGUUUAUAGGACCCCUACGCCACGUGCCAUUUCAAUAGUAUAGCACGAAUAUAGAAGAUCCAAAGGAAAGAAGCAGUGAGUGGUACAGUACAGCACCAUAUAUGGUGUUGCGUAAACAAUUCAUUGAUGGGACCAAAGGAGUGUCCGCUCGAUAUGUAUAAGAAAUCAGAGUAUUCAUCAGGCGGACCAAGGCUUC